GUGACUUGCGCUGAAGUAAAUAUUCAUGCUUCUGGGAAAUAGCGCCUCCUUCACUUCUGGAUUGCAAUGGUCCUAUUUCCAAAUAAGGUUUGAGACUGACAGUGGUCCGUCCCCUCCCCUUUCCGUUUGCUGCAGCGAGCAUAGACAGUGAGGUCCUCCUGCAACGAAGUGUACUUGGUGCCAGAUCCACCGGUUUGUUUAUUUAUUGAAUAAAUUCAUUAAUUUUCAAUCUGACACAGAAGCUGCGGUAUAUGUCACCGAAUUAGUGACGGAUGUAUGUAUUUAGGGGUUUUUUCUUGUUUGUUUUGUUUUGUUUUUGGUUCAAAAUAAAAUAAUUAAUUUUCAGUCUGACACAAAAGCCGUGCCAUACGUCAAAGAAGUUAGAAGUUGCCGUUAUUAGCAGUAGCUGGUUGUGGCACCCCGUGCCAGGUUGCGGCAUGCCACUGGCUGGUCUGGUGCCGGUGCCACGAUUUGAACCUGCUGUCUCUCCUAUUGGAUGCUGAAGUUUUAGUGUAAAUCACUUAACAAAUAUUGCAGUCCUUUGCAUUUGUUAUGCUGAAAACAAUAUAGCGAUGAUGACUGCAAUUUGAUGCAUCUACAGCUUUAAUCAGAUUAGUUUACUUACUCUUUAGCUUUGCUUUAUAUCCAAGCAAAGCCAGGCUAAAGGUAACUGGGUAACUUGGCUUCAUUUUACAGGAAAGCAAAUGUCCGUGUCAUGAUUGAGUUGUCAACUACUCCAGUUCACAGAAGGGAUCUUCUAGUAAAGUUAACUGAUGAUACAGAUCCAUAUUUUCUUUUCACCCUUCCUAUAUCAGAAGAAGACUUCCAAAGUUUGAAAGUGCAGCAGGGCCUGUUGAUAGACUUUGCAUCAUUUCCUCAGAAGUUUAUUGACCUGCUUAACCUGUGUAACUUGGAGCAAGACUCGGACAAUCCCAGGUUUCUCCUUCAUUUGACAUGCCAGUCUACUAUGGUCGAGGGCUGUGCCACCUUCAGCAUAGUGGAGACAAAUGCUUUCAAACACCUGAACCACUUAUCUCUGCGGCUUAUUCAAGGCUCAGAGAAAGAAGUGAAAGAAUAUUUGGCAGCCUGUCUGGCAUCUUUGAAGGCAGAAAAGCAGGCUUUAGACAGGAAGUUCAAGGAGACUGAAGAUGAUCUGUGUAGGCAGCUGAGUUAUACUCAGCAGACUCUGUCUGAAAAGACUAAAGAGCUGGAGAAACUGCGGUCAGAGUGGACGAAUAAGACCAGCUCGCUUUCUAGCCGUCAUUCUGAGGAGUUGCAGUUAGAGAGGGAGAAAAUUUUAGAGUUACAAAGCAGAUUUCAACAGGAGACAGAGCGACUGCGUCAGGACCUGGAAGCUGCUCAUAGGAAGAGCUCCCAGCAGCUCCAAAGUAGAGUGACUGAUCUGGAGACUUCCUGCAGAGAGCUGACUGAGAGGAGGUAUAAGAAUGAGUCCAUCAUCCGAGACCUAAAAAUCAAACUAUCAGGGUCUGAAGAGGAAUGCCAGCGUUUAAAGCAGCAGGUCCUGAGUCUCAGGAGGGAGAACAGCACUCUUGAUACAGAGGUCCAUGAAAAGGAGCGUGUAGUGAGCCAGCUGCAGGUCAGAGUGGCUGUUCUGGAGCAGGAGGUCAAAGAUAAGGAGAUGGUGAUGUACCGCACCAAGGAGGUGUUGGAGGCCACUCAGCAGCAGAAGGAGUCAGUGGAAGAAAGUGCAGAAAAUAAGGAAGUGCAGUUGAGAAAACUUGAAGCAACAGUAAAAUCGCUGUCAGAAGAGCUGCUAAAGGCUAAUGGGAUAAUCCAGAAACUGCAAGGAGAGGUACGAGUUCUUGUUGGAAAAGUAAAGGUCAAAAAUACUGUGACUGUGUCACAGGAAAAGGUUCUUCGAGAGACACAAACUAAACUUGAAAGUGUUGACAAGGAUCUACAGAGUGCUCAGAGGCAGCUCCUCAGUAAGGAAGAGAAGGUCAAAGAACUGGAGGAGCAGUUGGAAAUGACUUUACAAAAGCUAAAUGAAAGCAAAGAAGUUUUAAAAACAAAUGAAAAUGUUAUAAACUGGCUUAAUAAGCAGCUAAAUGAAGUUCAACUAUCCAAAAAGUCACUUCCUGCUGAACCUCUGGACACGUCUCCAGGAUUAUCCACACUAACGGGACUCAGGGUGCAGUUUCACCCUCAGCCUGGUAAACCUGCUGUCUUGUCAGACGCUACUCCUGCUGAGCACAGAGUUCAGCUGACGCUCAACAGACAGUUUGGAGACUCUGCUGGUCUGGAUCCCAAGUACUUCAGCAGCAGAGAGGAUGGCAUCCCAGCCUACUCUUUAUCAUCAAACAUUAUCCAAAGAGAGUUGGCCUUGAAAACAAAGCCUUCUGGGACCUCUGCAUACUUCUCGUCAUGAGGAUGCCAGCUCUUCCUCUGGUGUCAUCCCAUGGGUCUAAGAGGUUUCCAUCAUAAACAAAACCAACGUGUUUUGGUGUUUUUAUUUUCCAAAGCCUUUUGCUCUUAUUUGGGAUUUCUUCCCCAUGUUAUUGUUGUUCAACUUGUUUUUGUGACUUUUUGGCUUCAAAUUAAAACUUUUCAAAAUGUUGAUCUUUCU